GGACACCGUCAAGUAUACAAAGAAGAGACGUAUAGAGGAGAAUUAUAUAGCGAGUUCAGUUCAUCACAGGAAAAGAGUUUGCUCCUAGUAACACCCUGAAGAAGGAAGCUAAGAGAAAUCAGCAUGCCUGCCAGUCUGUGUGGAACAUGGGACAUGAUCAGCAACGUCAACUUCGAUGGCUACAUGAGUGCACUUGGUAUCAGUGUUUAUUUGAGAAAGAUUGCCCUGCGGCUGAAGCUGAGAAAGGUGAUUGAGCAGCAGGGAGACCAGUAUAUCAUCAAAACUCUCAGCACCUUCAGGAACUACGCCAUCUCCUUCAAAACCGGUCAAGUGUUUGAGGAGUUCACAAAGGGACUGGACAACAGGCACAUCAAGUCGACAGUGACAUGGCAGGGGAAUAAACUAACGUGUGAGCAGGUUGGAGAGAAGAAGAACCGAGGCUGGGCUCACUGGGUCGAAGGCGACAAGCUCCAUCUGGAACUGCACUGUGAUGGAGAAGUCUGCAAGCAGGUGUUUAAGAAGAAUGUAAACGAGUAAAGAGGAAGGAGAUGUUAAAGGAGAAUUCGUUCAGUGCUGGAGGACAGCAUGCGUCCGAUCCACAACUGCUGACCCUGAAGAAAAGAAAGCUACACCAGUCUAGAGUCGAGGCCUAUCAGGGUGCUCAGAUCAG